UUUGUCUUACAAAGCCAAAGUCACCGAAAGUUCAAACUGCAGACCGCGGGGCAAUUAAACAGAGGUUAACAUGUUUUAUCUUCCUAAUGGGAUAACACACAAUAUUUAUGCUUGCGUGUGAUUCAUGGCUGUGUGUAUUGCCCCUGCAGGCUGCAUGGAGGGGCUUCUUUCUGCGGAAAAGGCUGGCCCGUGCUUUAGCCGCUGCUCAGAUCAUAGAGAGCGAUGAGGACUUUGAAGAGGUGGACAUGGACAAAUUCAUUUUUGAUGAGAAAGAGUUGGAGAAAGACUGGAUAAUCCUGCAUUCCAAUGCUUUGCCGUCCAGAAUGAUGCCAUUUUCGGAAGAGCUGCUUUUGCCAAAGUCUCCACUUCUUCAUCCAGUGCCACCAAAGACUCUACCUGUUUUUCCACGGCAACCAAAAAAUGCCUGGUCUGAUAGGGAAGAUGCUUCCUGCUUGGAGCAAAGUGUUUCUCCUUCUCCUCAUCUCAGCAGCAGAUCAGAGGAAUCAGAAAAAAUCCUUGAAGAAUGGGGCAUCACAAAUGACUCCACCGCCCUUCUCAUCCUGAAGAGAGCUAAUAAAAUGAAGGGCAGAAAACAGCAGCAGAAGAGAUUAUUGGACCCAAAUCAACGUUUGGCCCUGUUCAGGAGCCACAGUAAGCAGUGUGUUUCAGCAGAAGCUCAAAGACAAACACGUCCUACUUUUAAGGACAACUAUAAAGGUCACCAAAGAGCAAAUGAAGUUCACAAAUCACCAAAAGCAGAUGAAAAACAAACUUACAGGGAGAAAGGUUAUCAGUGGCUGGACUCCUCAGAUACGGGACGGGGUCAUUUCCUCCCUGACAUUGGCCCUGAUAUUCUUAAUGGUGGGAGGGUGCAGCUUGUGGCCACUGGGGACAGAGAUAGUGUAGAUUCAGUCUCGAGGUUUUUGACAGAGCCCACUGGUGUCUCUCCAACUGCUAAAACACAUUCUCGGGCUCGGAGAUUCUCAGCUGAAAACAAAAAAAUUGAAGUGCCAUCACCCACUAGAGUCAGUUCAGCCCCAAUCCGAAACGAACGCAUCUCAUUUCGGGACAAUCCAGUGCGGCGCAGUGGAGGCUGGGGUGGAGGAAAGAAGAGGGCCAAAACCGAACAAGCAAAAAGAUAACCACAUCAUCUUGUGUUUGUUGCUCUGAGAUAAUAUUGAUUCAGUUUUUCCUUUUGUUUUCGCCCUUCGUGUGUGUAUUCAGAAUGUGAUGGAUGUCUUGUUGAUAUAAGCCUCUAACAAGACUUACAAUGCACAUUUGAUCUCUGCUGAAAUUCCUUGCAGCUGCUGUUUUUACUAAAAUCCAGCUUCCUCUCUUCUCAAAUGAAUUAGAAGCAAUGGAUGAGAUAUAGCCCAAAUAUCUGCAGGCGGUCACAGGAUACGUAUUGCUUUUAAGUAUCACUCCAUUUAACGUGAGCAGAGCGAGCCACGCAAUGGGUGGAAACCAUUUACAAAUGACAUGCUUAAUAUGCAGACAAUGACAUGCAAUGAAAACCAGCCCGCUCUUGUUUUCAUUGACUUUUUCUCUUUUAUUUUUUUAUUUGCUUGUACUGUAUUGUUUGUAAAACUCAAAAUAACAUGAUAGCAUUUGAUGAAACUAUUAUAUCAAAGAUCACUUUUAUUAAAGUAUUUGGUUUGGACAUGG